UUCUUUCUUUUUGUCUGGAAUAACAUAAAAUUAUAAACAGAAAACAUGAAUUCAAGUGGUUUGUUCAGAAACAUAAACAAAACAACAUGCAACCACAUUAUUAACAAUACAUUAUCAAACGUCCCCCUACAUUCAUAUUCAUAUUCAAACAUCCCUGCAACUACCAUUUUCAAACAAUUACAUGUUUCAAAAUCUCUUCAUAAUUAUCGGUUUAAUAUUGUUCGCAAAUUAACUACUCAUAAUAAUAAUAAGAAAAUUAUCAAUAGUAGUAGUAGUAUUAGUAAUGGGCCAAUUGGAUGGUAUUUGGGUAUGAUUAAAUCCAAACCCAUUUUCACAAAAUGUAUUACUUCUGCUCUUAUUUACACUGUUGCUGAUUUCACCUCUCAGAAAAUGACGCAAGCAUCUUCCGAGACUUAUGAUCUGAUUCGGACCUGUCGUAUGGCUGGAUAUGGAUUGAUAGUAGCAGGUCCAUUACUACAUUUUUGGUUUAACUUUGUUUCAAGAGUGCUCCCAAAGCAGGACAUGAUCAAUACCUUAAAAAAGAUGUUCAUGGGGCAGGCAAUAUUCGGACCUAUUAUGACUGCUACAUUUUUCUCUGUCAAUGCAGCUCUACAAGGUGAAAAAGGUAAUGAAAUUGUCGCUCGAUUGAAGCGAGACAUGCUGCCAACGAUGAUAAAUAACGUCAUCUACUGGCCUUUAUGUGACUUUAUCACAUUCAGAUUCGUUCCGGUUCAUCUGCAGCCGCUAGCAAGCAACUCUUUUUCAUAUGUAUGGACGAUAUACAUCACAUACAUGGCGAACUUGGCAAAAGCAGAAGCAAACUAAUUUAACACCACAGCCAUAGUCAAGUCGCUGAAUCGCUAAUGAAGAUCCUGCACAACAGUAGUGUAUAUAAAGAGAGAUGCAGCCCUUGUCCCAAAAAGCACAUUAUUGUAGUCAACUUAUACAUAUUUGUACAAGUUUUUAUAUGUUUACACAUGAGUUGCAUUUUCUGAUCAUGUUUACCAUUUAAUUGUUUGUAGGAGUCAGACUUCAGCAAUUUUAACCUGUAACAAGUUUAAAGCUCAA